CGGAAAAUUUUAAAGAGGAGUGGUUGUAGGUUGUAGGGAGAGAGAGAGAGAAGGAGAAAAAAGAAAAGGAAAGAGAGAACUAGUAUGUGGUUAAACCGCGAGCGCGACAACAACCAUCUGGAAGGACUGGAGGCCUGUCUGUGCGUGUAGAGUACACGGGAAAGUGUGCGGAUAAGGAAUAUCCGGGAACGGGAAGACGUGGUUGUUCGUUGUUCUUCCAAGCGUCCAGGUGCAGGCUGGCUGCUGUUACUGUUCCAAGUAUACACCUGACAAAUUCAUCAGGAUGAUGAACAUGUGGAAAGUGCGCGAGCUCGUGGACAAAGCUACGAACGUGGUCAUGAAUUACACAGAAACCGAGGCGAAGGUCCGCGAGGCAACGAACGACGACGCCUGGGGACCCACAGGUGCAAUGAUGCAAGAACUCGCGCAAGCAACCUUCACGUACGAACAGUUCCCGGAAGUGAUGUCGAUGCUGUGGAAGCGCAUGUUACAAGAGAACAAGCGCAAUUGGCGUCGCACGUACAAGUCACUGCUGCUGCUGAAUUAUCUGGUACGCAACGGGUCCGAGCGAGUGGUGACGUCGUCGCGGGAGCACAUAUACGACCUGCGCUCCCUUGAAAAUUAUACGUACGUCGAUGAGUUUGGUAAAGAUCAGGGCAUCAACAUAAGGCACAAAGUACGGGAAUUGAUAGAUUUCAUUCAGGACGACGAAAAAUUGCGGGAAGAGCGUAAAAAGGCCAAGAAAAACAAGGACAAGUAUGUCGGUUUGUCGUGCGAUGCGAUGGGCAUGGCUUUGGGAAGCAGGGGUGGCGGCGAGAGAUGGAUGGACAAUCCCAAGUGGAGCACCGGCAGCGCCAGCAACAAGUCGGAGGGAUACAACGACUGGGAGAGGGACAACGGGUCGAACAACAGUGACGAUGGCGAAAAGGAAGAUUCGGAUAACGAGGGGCGCUCGAACCCACGCAAAAAUCCAAGUGUGAGCGAUCGGCGCGAGUACUGCGACACAAUGGAGACGAUUGACAGGGUGCCCAAGCCCAUCUCUAUUGCACCAGUGAUCUCCAACGCAUCGCCAGCUCGGACCCCCAAAACGAUAAAGAAAAUUGAUCUUGGCGCUGCUGCCAAUUAUGGUAAAGACCAGCAACAGCAGUCCCAGUCACCGGUAAAUCUCAUGAGAUCGCCCAUCAAGCAGCAGCCAGUGCAAAGAAACAAAAAUGAUAUUCUCAAUGAUAUCUUUGACUCGCAUAAUGACAAUAAUGGUGCUGCGAAUGCGAACAACGACGAUGAUUUCAAUCCACGUGCCGAUAGUUACACGCCAGUACCAUCGGCACAAGGUAGCGGUGAUUUUGGCGAUUUCACUUCAGCUUUCGGCUCACCAACCAUCGGCAGCAAGUCCAAGAAUACCGACGAGUUUGCCGAUUUCUCGACUGCCUUCGAUUCUGGACUGAAUAUCUCGCAGCCAGCAGCAGCAGCAGCAACGGUACCACAGCAGCAGCACCAGCCACAGAUUUCGUUGUUGGGUGCGACUAUCCCCAACAUUGGUAAUCCAAUGGCAGACAAUCUGAUAACACCGAAAAGCGCACAGAUCAACACUGGCUUUGGUACUGGUAACGAUCUGUUUAAUUCGUCGCUCAAUAACCAGUCCCAGAAUAUUGAUAGCAGUAAUAUUAACAACAACAAUACAAUGCUGUCAAAUACCGAUUUGCUGUCUGAUUUGUCAAGCUUCAGCGCUCCAAUGGUGCCUUCCAUGAAUCAAACAAACAACCUGAACAACGCAAACUUGUUCAGUACGGAUCCGUUCAACAACUCAGCUUUGCCAGCCGGAUCCAAAAAGACUCAUCAAACGCUCAUGACGGAUUGCCUCCUGGAUACCAUUCGGUUCGUUCUUGCAAACAAGAGUCAAAGCAGCAUUAAAAAACUACAAGCUCAGAUCUUAGAGUACAUAAAGAUUCUACCGGGUCUGGUGACACCACAAAAAUUCGUGGGCCAGGAUUGCAAUGCUCAGAUAGAUCUUGUAACGUACAGUAGGAUUCUUGAGGAUUUGGCGGAUGCGUUCGACUCCAGUUGGCCGCUUAACGACGGUAAACUGGAUACAGCUGUUCGCGACUUGUUCGUCGUGGAUGGUGCGAAUUGUCAGAUUUUAAACGAGUCGCUGUUGAUUCUGACCCAAGCGAUGAAGAGGACCGAGGAUGCGAAAAUUAUCAAGUGUUUCGGUACCUUACUCGAAGAGCUAAUGAAGAGUGACGCGCUGUUUUCGGCUCUGGUGCAGUCCAGCCGAGCUGGCGAAAUCGGUGAUUUUGAGAAGAGCGCGGAGGAAGAAUUGUGGCAGAGUGUCGUUCAGAUAAUCGUUUCUCUACCCAAUCACGUCGCCAAUAAAAUGCAGAUGCACCUUUUGGAACUGUUCAAGUCAAAAUCCUUCGCCAAAGUGCUCAUCUACCACGUCUGCCGAGCAAUUUAUUUCCUCAACGAGGCACUGCAUCUUCACGAAAUCGAUAUCGACACGAAAAUCACAUCCAUGAUGAUCAGCAAAAUGUUCCUGGUCUCCAACACCGACGAUCUAACUCCCUUUGUCGAUAUCACGCUGGAAUGGUGCGUCUCGAACAUAAACGCCAUUCAGACCUGUUUGCUAAGGAUACUGUCGAACGUGCAAAGUCACAGCGUCGAAAAUCUGGCGAUCACGUUCCUAAAACACCAGAAAUUUGCGCCCGAGGUCUUUGGUGACCUGACCAAAAACGAAGUGUGGCGCCACACUCUCACAACCCGAAUCCCCAUGAUGUCGUGGUACAAUGACGAGAGAUUGGUGAAAAAUCUCGUGUCCUAUCUCCACCACUCGCAAACGGACGACGAUCGCAUACUCGUCGAUUUGGUCGCCAAUCUGCUGGACGUGUGGGGGGACAAGAGUGCCCUGAACCACACGACGUUCGAGCAACACCUGUACAUCACCAAGAUCAUCCUACUGGCUGUGAGAUGCGCGAAGGACAGUUUAACUCACCUGGAACGGGACAAACUGCACAAACUGACUCUAGGAGCUGUCGCGGCCCACUUGGGCUCGCCUCAGGUAGAGGUCCGUGCCGUUGGGAUGAUAACUACCGAGGUGCUGGUGGGACUCUUGAAGAGUCCUGGGAGCCCGGAUCUGAGCUUUGGGUACGAAGGGAUGGGCGAGAGCGCCUUGGUUCUGGUAGAGUCGUUGAAAAACCUGACGAUUCAAGGGACAAAAAGCACCGAGUGCGAGACGAGAGGCGAGGAUCUGGUCAUCGGUGAUAUUGAAUUUUCCAGCCUUGGCAGCAAGAAAGUCUAUGAGCUUGGAGUCGAAACCAAGAUACUGAAAACCGCUGUUGCUCUAAAGACCGAUGAAAGCAACUUGCAGACCGUAAAGAUCGAGCUCCCGAAGAAAAUAAACAGCUUCCCAAAAAGAGUCCAGGUGGAAGAAGAGCUCGACAGCGACGACGACCUCGAGCCUUACGACAUGUCGAACGACGUGGCCCAAGUCGAGCGCCUGCGACCGCUAUACCUCCGUGAUCUGCGGGACAACCUCGUCAACGUUGAGAACAACGGCCGAGACGACCCGGACGUCUUCUCCGAGACGCUCAAGUUCAGUGAGCAGCUGAUCCUCGCUCAGCUAUCCAACGACGACGCGAGCUUUGCGCUCGAGCUUCUCAUGAUCUUUCUGAAUCUAGAGGCGAGGAGUCCUGCGGAUAACUUUGAGCUCCUGACGUUCAGAGCCUGCGUGGCCAUUGUAACGGUGCACCCGAAGCCCUGCGCCGAGUACCUGGCCAGAGAGUUCCACACGGAAAUAUCCAAAUACUCCGUGGAGAGGAGGUGCUUUUUGUUGAACGUCCUCGCAGAGGCUGCCACGAGAUUGGCCGCUCUCGACGUUCCCAAAGAAGAGGGCGAAAGCACCGUCGUUUCUGAGAAGAAAAAAAAGAAACCAGCUGGGCCCGUGAAUUUGUACAUAGAAACCGACAGAACCAAACAGUACCAAAUACUCUACGAGGACUGCGAUCCGGACGACGUCGAACCGGGCGGUAGCAUCGACUGGCGCGAGGUCGUUCAGAGCAGGAUAUUCUCCAAGACACGUCACUUUGCUCACGCGUCCAAGCGGUCCAGGACCCACGUGAACCGCUUCGCCGGUGUAGCCUCGUCCUUCUUCUUUCCCCUGAUCAACGGCACGUGCAGUCGCAAUCGCAGUUUUAUGUACGAGUUCCCCAAGAGCUACCAAGACCACGGAAACUAUCUGCUUACACACUACCUCGACACCCUGGCUACUGUGGUAAUAUCGGCUCAGAACUGUCCUCAGGCCACGAAAAUGUCAGCCGAACUGCUCGAGCUCUUGUGGAUCCUGAGGUACCAAGAAGAAGCGAGGGUCAGAUUGGCGGUGAUGAAGUGCGUGGCUGCCGUGCUUAUCGCUGCGCCGGAGUUUGAUGUCAAGGGACAGCUACUGAACGGGCUGCUCGAGUUCAGAAUGUGGCUGCUGGACGCUGCACAGGAUACUAUUAAAGGCGACCCGGACAGGUCUUGUAGGGAAUUUGCCGGGCUCGUGUUGGGUCUCAUGAACUCGGUGCUAAAAGACUUGGCCGAUGGCGUAUGAAUAAUCGCGUGAAUUGGCUUUUUUUUUUUUUUAAUGAUUUAGUUAUUUUUGUAUUACGACCUUGGAUUAUGAAUUUUGCUAGAUCUAAGCCAUGUGUGUACAU